GCAAAGAAAAGAACACAACACGGGAAAGCAAAAAACUAAAUGAAAAAGGACAAGCCCCAACCGUAACAGUAACUGGGUCUAACAACACACACAGAACUAGCGAAGGACGAAUAAACGACGAAAAAAUGCAGAAAUGUGUGAAGGGGCUGUGAAAUUUUCAAGUAUCCUAUAACCAACCAAAAAACAAAACGAAAAAUAGAAAUUAACAAAAAGAAGAAACUUUAAAACAACAACUCCAAUUUACUUCUCAACAAAGUAACAAGCAAGGAAAUGCUUUACAAAAAACGUCAAUAGGAAACAGCAGAAGAAGGAGUUGAAGGAAUCUGGAGAAGAAGAGGGAGUAGAAGAGAAGAAAGCGCAACAAUGCGUAUGCCAAGCAAUAACCUUUAUAAGUAAACUCUAAAUGCUAUUUCGGCGAGCCAAAUCUCUACUUUAUCUACAACUUUCACAUGCGUAAAACCAAAAGAUUGCGAAAUAAAAAUAGCAACAUUUCCUUUCCGCUUUGCCACCAACAAUUAACCCCUACGAAGGUCUUUGCUCGUUCGAAAAAAAACCACUCGCUUCAGCACUUAAUACACUCGACUUGAUCUUUGAUAACAACAACCAACCAACCAACAACAACAACAACGACAAACAUACUACAGCGCCCUAGCCCUCACAAUCUCACUAACUCCUCCAGCCCCCCCCUCGAAAUAUAUACUCUAUAUAUAAUUUACAAAACUGCAACUGAAAACCUUUUGAUCUCUCAACAUGCCACGCUGUUUGAUUGCCAAAAAAUGGAAGGCCUAUCCCUGGCUGGAUCGUUCUUCCGAUGAUAACAACUCAACAGCAGUAGCAGUAGUAUCACAACAACAACAACUGCAACAACAACAACAACACAUUACAAACACAUCCGUAACUUCCAGAGAUGAGGAUUUACAUUUAUCAACGCUAACCAAUCUCAAGUCACGUCGUUCCACAUUGGACGAUGAUGAGGAGAUCGAUGUUGUUGGUGAUAAAUAUUUGACCAAAUUGGAAAAGCAACGCACAAUAAUUGCCGCAUCAUCAUCAUCAUCAUCAUCGCCAUCAUCAUUAUCAGCAACUGCAACACCAGCAAUAACAGGAGCAGCAGCAGCAACAACAACAGAAGCCACAAGCAACGAGAGCACAACAACAGCCACAAUAGCAACAUCGACAACAACGGCCAAGUGCUGGGGACCCAGCUCACCAACGGCGGGCACCACAGCGCCCAGUCCACCGCCUCAUUCGCCAGAGGCAGCAACACGAGUAGCCAGCAAUGUUUACAAUGGCUACACCCGCGAAUUGUCACCACUGCACUAUACUGCGUACCUGCCCAGAAUGGAGAGCGAGAUCACGGUUAUACGUGCUGCGGCUACAGCUUUAGUUGCUGCCGCUUCUAGCAACAGUGCGGUAGAGCAACAGCAGCAGCAACAACAACAGCAGCAGCAACAGCAACAGCAACAUCAACAUUUGGCCGCGUAUCAGACACCACCCUCGUCGACCACCUCAUCGCCAUCGUGCUCACCCAGUGGCGAUCGCUUCAGUCCGCUGGCGGGCAUGGGCGGCAUGCACAUUAAAACCGAAUUGGUGGCAUCCAGUGAACGGAAAUGCUUUAGCAGCACGGGAGCAACAUUAUCGUUGCCACCGAAAAAGAAGGACAUUUACAGGCCAUAUUCGCUGGACGAUAAGCCUGCACAUGGCUACCGCAGACGCAUUCCGGCCGAAGAGGACCUGCAUGCUGCCCAUGCCAUACUCGACCUGAGCGCCUCGACUGCAUUCCAUCCGCCCACACAGCCCCAUCAAUUGCAACAGCAGCAACAACAACAGCAGCAGCAGCAGCAACAACAUCAUUUGCCUCUGCAACAGCAGCAGCAACAGCAUCAUCAGCAUCUGGCCCACACCCACUCAACAACAACGGCGCCAGCGUUGGAGACGCAUGCGCAUCUGCGUAGCACGUCAUCGAUUGCCGAAUUGGCUGCUGCAGCAAGCGUUGUGAACGAACAACGCCCCUUGAGCAAUGCCUCCAGUGCCAGCAUUGCCAUGCCCAGUAGCCCGGCCAGCAGCAGUAGCAGCAACAGCAGCAGCAGUGGAGUCCAAAAUGAGAAUAGCAACACAACAAAUACGAAUCAGAUAUCACUGGAGGGCGAGGCUCCAUGCGAUGCUGAUGGCAACUCACCGCCAGCCAAGACCGUUGCCUACACCUAUGAGGCCUUCUUUGUGAGCGAUGGCCGCUCGAAGCGUAAACAUGUCGCCGAUCCGGCCGCUGUGGUUGUCCAGGAUCAGCAGAAAACCAAAUACACGUGCUCCGAGUGCGGCAAACAGUAUGCGACCUCUAGCAAUCUGUCGCGUCACAAGCAGACGCAUCGCUCCCUCGAUUCGCAAUCGGCCAAGAAAUGUCACACCUGCGGCAAGGCAUACGUGUCGAUGCCAGCUCUGGCCAUGCACGUGCUGACGCACAAAUUAUCGCACAGUUGCGGUGUCUGCGGCAAAUUGUUCUCGCGCCCCUGGCUCCUGCAGGGACAUCUGCGUUCGCAUACCGGCGAGAAGCCUUACGGAUGUGCGCAUUGCGGCAAAGCGUUUGCGGAUCGCUCCAAUCUGAGGGCCCACAUGCAGACGCAUUCGGUGGACAAGAAUUUUGAAUGCAAGCGCUGCCACAAGACCUUUGCCCUCAAAUCGUAUCUGAAUAAGCAUCUGGAAUCGGCAUGCCUUAAGGAUGAGGAGGAGCUGAUGAUGGCGAUGUCGUUGCAUGGCCAUAGUGGCGAUAGCAAUAGCGAGAGCGGAGCCAGUUUGGCAUCGCCAACACACGAGUUUCUCGAGCGUGUCAAGGUGGAGACCAUUGCAAAUGGUGUGGCAUCAUCGGGCGCAGGUGGAGGAGGAGGAGUUACCACUUAUGCCAUGUAAGUUGCACUCGCAGCAAAAACAAACCAAAAAUGCAGCAGUUGCAAAAUGUGUAAAGGUGGUUUUAGUUAAUAUACAUACCGUUGAAGUUAAAGUUAUCGUUAGCAGUGUAUAUUUUUUUUUUUUUUU